GGGACACCCAGGGAUGUGUGGAAACCUGUUAGCAGGCGUUCACUUACCCUGCAGCUCCUCUGCAGGUUAUGGGGAGCAUUACACAGUUCAAAAUUAAAUCAAUGGUCCUUUCAUGCACAGAGAGAUGGACAGAAAGGUUUGUGUUAGUAUUCUGUUAGCCAUGCUAGCAACAGCUGCCCUCUGUAGGCCAAAGACAGAACUGCAAUCAGCAAGGUUUGGACCACAAAAGAAGAACCCUUUUCCUUCUGAAGUCAGCAGACGGGACCUCCUAGCAUCAUUGUCCCAUGAACAGAAGCAGCUAAUGAUGUCACAACUUCUCCCUCAGCUAUUUGCAGAAAUCUCCAAUGCUGAAGGCCACCUUCAGCCCAUGCAUGACCGGGACUACGCUGGAUGGAUGGACUUUGGCCGCAGGAGUUCAGAAGACCAGAUCUCAGACUCUUAAGAGUGUAGUGCUGUGAACAUCUCAAUAGUUGCUGUAUUAUUCUUAAAGUAUUGGCCUGUUCAGGUUUCUGGUGAGAAUUGUACUAAUGAUGUAUUGAGAGUAAAAAAAUAAUAAUAAAAAAAAAAUA